UGUCAAAAUCUAAAUGAUUUAUUAAAGAAGUGUCGUUCCAUUGUGACAUAUUUUAAAAAAAGAGAAGUUGCAAAUAGGAAAUUAGCCGAAAAAUUAACACAGUUAGGAGCUUUAAAAUUAAAACUUAAGCAAGACGUGUCAACAAGAUAGAACAGUAGCCUCUUGAUGUUGGAAAGACUAGUCGAAUUAAAAGAACCAUUGACCUAUGCUAUGCUUUCCUUAAAGGAUGGACCUGUAAUGUUAAAUUCGCAAGAAUGGGAAGUAAUAGGAGAUGUUAUCCCCAUAUUAAAACCAUUUGAAGUAAUGACUACUGAGUUAUCAGGAGAGAACUAUCCGACAUUGGCAAUAGUUAUUCCAUUAGUAAGAGGUUUACACAUUUCUCUAGUAUCAAAACAAAUGAGAACAUACUUAGGUCAGCUAAUCAAGAAAAAAUUGCUGGAAAAUUUAAACAGUCGUUUUAAACUCAUUGAAGAGCAAAAUCCUAAACCUGAGUUUUCAAGAGCGACUCUACUUGACCCUCGUUUUAAAAAGUUGGCAUUUCAGCACACAAUUAAUGCUGAAAACGUAGAAAAGAGUAUUACAGAUGAGCUAUCUUUACUUAUCAGUGAAAAUUUGAAUGAAGAAAAUUCUAAUAUUUCUGAAACUCCUGAAAUUCAAACCAUCUCUAAUAAUGAAGCCGUAUAUUUAUGAAGUUUCUUGGAUGAUUCAAAGCCAAUCGAUUUUUGGAUCAAACACAAAAUACUGUUGGGCGAAUUAUUCAACUUAGCAUUGAAGUAUUUAGUGAUCCCUGCUACCUCAGUACCUACAGAGAGAAUUUUUUCAAAAGCAGGUGAAAUCAUGUCAGCAAA